AUGGAUGCAACUCAUAGAAUGGUUUGCCAAGAGGACUUGUUCAACCCGUUGUCCUCGAUGGGCGUUCAAGUCUCCUUCAUUCUCGUCCUUUCUCACUUCUUCCAUCUCGUCCUCAAGGCCUUCGGCCAACCAGGCCCGAUCGCUCAAAUUCUGGCAGGCAUGGUGUUAGGUCCGACCGGAAUCUCCAACAUCAGAGCAAUCCGAGACGUUUUUUUCCAAGCUUCAGCUGCCGACUACUACGAAAUCUUCGGAUUUCUAAGUCGAAUUGUCUUCAUGUUCCUUAUCGGUUUAGAGACCGAUUUCCCUUACAUCGUCCGCAACCUUCGCGUUGCAGGCAUCGUCGCAUGCGGAGGCGCCGCCGUCGGCAGCAUCUUCGGUAUUGCCGUCUCCUUCUUCCUCUACCAACAAUUCGAAGAAAAAGGCAGCAAAUUCGGCUUCUUCUUUAUUAUCAUGUUGAUUUUAGCCUACACCGCGUCACCAAUUGUCAUUCGCCUCGCCGCCGAGUUGAAGUUCGCGACAUCCGACGUUGGGAAACUAGCCAUCUCGUCGGCCCUCAUCAACGAAAUGGCAUGUUUGGCCCUUUUCAAUGCAAUCGUAGCCUUGAGAUCAUUCCGAGGGUUUGGGAGAGGAAUAUUUUGCACUCUCUUCAUUACAGGCGUCGUGGUUCUAAACAAAUACUUAGCGAGUUGGUUCAACAAACGUAACCGUAACCAAAAGUACCUUAAAAACAUGGAGGUUUUUUUCUUGUUGUCCCUUGUCAUUGCGGCUUCAGUGAUCAUUGAGCUAGAGACCUUUAACAGCAUUGUGUGUAGCUUUGUUUUGGGUGUCAUGUUCCCAAAAGAGGGCAAAACGGCGAGGACUUUAUUGCACAAAUUGACUUAUUCUGUGCAUAAUUUUGUUUUGCCAAUCUAUUUUGGGUACGUGGGGUUCCAAUUUGAUGGGAAUAAUCUUUGGAAAUUGAGCAAUGUCAUCAUUGUGGCCAUUAUGGUUUUGUUGAGUAUUGGGAGCAAAAUGAGUGGCACUUUGGCGGCUUGCAAUUACUUGAAUAUCCCAUUGAAUGAAGGGGUUUUUCUAGGGUUUGUUCUUAACUUGAAGGGCCAUGCUGAUCUCUUGCUCAUUGGUGGUGCCUCUAAAUCACUCAUGUCAUGGAGUAAUCCUCGAGCGUACAACCUCCUCCUAAUAAGCAUCGUAAUCAACACAAUAAUCUCGGGCCCUAUUGUGGCGUUGCUAAUGCGGCGUGAGUACAAGUUGUUCUCGCACACCCACACGUUGUUGGAGCACACGGACCCGAACCAUGAGCUUCGAGCAUUAGCAUGUGCCUAUGGGCCUCGACACCUCUCAGGGUUGUUUCCACUUCUUUCCGCCUUAAGCGGAGGCCAUACCUCCCACCUCUCUCCCUUUCUCCUUCACCUGAUUGAGCUCCUCCACAAGCGUCGCACCAACCUCUCGUACCAUGAGCUCGAACAAGACGAAUUGAGCGACGAUGAGGGGUACGGUGGGAAUGACGUGCUUGAAAUCCAUUGUGCCAUUGAUGCAUUCAUAUCGGACACAAAAAUAUUUAUGCCACUCUCGAAAGCUGUGUCGAGUUUUCCGACAUUGUACGAGGAUGUUUGUAAUGCUGCGGAGGAUCUUAGGGUGUCGAUUGUUAUUCUUCCAUUUCAUAAGCACCAACGGAUUGAUGGGAAAAUGGAGAGCGGGAAGGAGGGCAUCAGAACCACCAAUCAAAAGAUUUUGCGCCACGCGCCUUGCUCGGUUGGGAUCCUCGUGGAUCGGAUUCAAACGGGAUUCUUGGCGUUCUCGCAUUUAUUGAUCUCGGAUCACGUGCAACACGUGGCCACAUUGUUUUUUGGUGGGUCGGAUGAUAGGGAAGCUUUGGCAUGGAGUAGGAGGAUGAUUAGUCAUUCAAGGAUUAAUUUGACCGUUGUAAGAUUUGUUCCACUAGUGACCAUUAACGACGUGGAGGCAUCAGCCGAGUCAUCAUCAUCAAGUGAUGAAGGGGUCUUGAUGGCUUUGCCCAGUCUAAGGUCCAGUUCAAGUGAGACUGACAAUGCCUUCCUAGCUGAUUUCUACGACAGGCAUGUGUCGACCGGACAAGCUGGAUACGUUGAGAAGCAAGUGAAGAAUGGGAUGGAGACGGUAAAAGAGCUUAGAGACAUAGGAGACAUGUACUCUCUAUUCAUAGUUGGGAAAGGAGGAAGAGGUCACUCGACGUUGACGACGGGAAUGAGUGAUUGGGAGGAAUGCCCUGAGCUCGGCACCGUCGGUGACCUCUUGGCUUCUUCCGACUUCAAUAUCAAUGGUUCGGUUUUGGUUGUUCAACAACAUAGACACCAAAAGAAGGACCUCAUUGAUGACUAG